AUGCGAGUGCUCUAUUGGAAUAUCAAUGGGGUGGCGAAGGUGGAUGCUGGUUUGAAGUUGCGUGAGUUAGUUAAUGUUUUUAAGCCGGUUAUACUUUGUAUUGCUGAGCCGAAAAUUCCUUAUUCAGAUGGUGUUAUGUUGAGGAUUACUUUAGCCGGUUUUGUAAAAAAGGCAGUUCAUAAUUCUUCUUCAAGUUCUAUAGGUAAUCUUUGGAUUCUUUGGAGUGAGGAUAUUGAAGAGCCAGUGGUGUUAAAUAUGACUAGACAGGCCAUUAAGCUCUCUGCGGUGGAUUCUACAACUCCUUGGCUGGUUAUUGGUGACUUUAACUGUGUUCUUCGUAAUGAGGAGAAGAAAGGGGGUAGAGAAACUCUUACUUCUAGUGCUAAUCAAUUCAGUGAUUGGAUGGAGGAAAAUAGUCUUUUUGAGGCGGAUUCUUUGGGAUCUAAGUUCACUUGGACUAAUGGUCAAUCGGGGGUGCGAAGAAUUAUUAACAAGUUGGAUCGUGCUAUUAUUAAUGAACCUUGGUUAACUAAGUUUUCAAAUUGGCGGUGUAAAGCUCUUCCUAGGGAAGUUUCCGAUCAUUCGACCCUUAUUGGUUAUCCUUUUGUUUCUCCUAGACCAAGACGUGCUCCUUUCAGAAUUCAGAAAAUGUGGUUUACGCAUCCUGAUUUUUUGAGAAUGGUUGAGGCUUCUUGGAAUGCUCCGGUGUAUGAAGUGGCUAGUAGGAAUUCGGAUGAGGAUCUGUUUGAUACUUCUAAGCAGAAUGUGAUGAAAGAUGCGCUGGUGGCUGUCCAUGAGGUGCGUAUGCAGCAACAUAUUAUGUUAAAGCAAAAGUCUCGCAACAAAUGGAUUUUGGAGGGUUCUAGUAAUACUUCUUACUUUCAUAGUACUAUCAAGACCCGCAUAAGUGCCAAUACUAUUUCGGAAUUGGUGACAGGUGAUGGGUCUCUUAUCAAUGAGCCGGACCAAUUAAGAGACCAUGUUGUUUCUUAUUAUGAGAACAAAUUUAAUGGGGAAGAUUCACUGAUUGAGGAUCACUUGUUUGAGUAUAAUCAUAAUUAUAUAUCUUUUGAGGAAAGGCAGAUGUUGGAUUCAACUCCUUCAAUGGAGGAAAUUAAGGCGACGGUUUUUGAUUUAGGUCCGGAUAGUGCUCCAGGUCCGGAUGGAUUCUUGGGGUGUUUUUAUAGACACUGUUGGGAUUUAAUUCAUCAAGAUAUAGAUAAGGCUAUUAUUUUUUGCUGGAAUAACAAAUAUAUUCCUAAUGGGGCCAACUCUAAUCUAAUUCUUUUGUUGGCUAAGGUGAGAGGUGCGGACAGUUUAAGAAAAUAUAGACCAAUUGGUCUAAGUAAUUUUUUCUUUAAAAUUUGUACUAAAAUUCUGGCAACUAGACUUGGUAAAGUCUUGGAUAAUUUGGUCUCGGAGGAACAAGUGGCUUUUAUGAAGGGGAUGAAUAUUCAUGAAAACAUUAGUUUGGCUUCGGAGAUGGUGAAUGAGCUGCACAUUAAAAGGAAUGAUGGUAAUCUGGGUCUCAAACUUGAUAUUUCUCAGGCUUUUGAUACGGGAAAUAUGAAGAGUCUGACAAACUUGGUGAAGCUUCUUGAGGAUUAUCAACGUGCUUCUGGUCAGCGUGUAUGUAGGGAUAAGAGUGCCAUGUGCAUUGGUUUGGGCAUUGCUUCGAAUUAUCUAGCGGAGUUAUAUGGUAUUCUUGUGGGUCUGGAGUGGGCUACUCAAUGGGGUUAUAGGCGAGUUGUGAUUCGAUCAGACUCUAGUAGUGUGAUAACAUCUUUGGAGAUGGACAAUGUGCGCUGGUUUGCACAACAGAGGUGGACUGAUAUUAAGAAGUUGUAUGAUUCUAUUAGGUUUGUGCACACAUUUCGUAAGGUGAACUUUGCAGCUGAUGGCAUGGAUAAGCGUGGAUGUUUAUUAGAAGAUGGUGUGGGUUUACAUUUUGUUGGUCGCCCAGUUUUCUUGCAUUUUAUUGAAUUCCCAAAUCAAUCGCUGGUGGAGUGA